AGACUUAAAGGAUCUUCCUGUUUUCCUUUUUAGCUUUGGUUGUGACUUCCUGGAUGGAGACGGUUCUUUUGAAUGCUGCUCCAUAGACCCCCUGACAGGAUCUCACUAUGUCUGCCGUAGAAGCCCCCGCCUCCUCACCAACGGCUACUACGUUUGGACUGAGGACAGUUUCCUCUGCGACCCAGACGGCCACAUCACCCUGAACCCCUCCCACACCAGUGUUAUGUACAAGGAGAACUUAGUGAAAAUAUGUAGAAAGAAAAAGAGAAGCCACCGUUCUCUUUCCUCUCUCUUGGACCUCAGAGCCUCUAAAUCUUGGCUACAUGGAAGCAUCUUUGGAGAGGCCGACUCACCUCCAAGUGAGGACACCUGGCUGGAGGGCAUCAGGAGCCUGGGUAUGUAUGUACCACUUCGAUGAAAAUGGUGAUCUCACCUUUUGCAUUUCAUGAUAAGAUAUCAUUUACGAAUGACAGUCAUAUAGUCCUGGCCCAAGGCACAGUCCAGAGAGAUAACUAUCAUUUUGACAUAGAGGGUGAAGCCAGAGUUUAAAAUAUCAUUGACACGUUUCCACACACCCCAUGGUUGAAGUACAAAGGCCAUGUCAUGAAAAAUGUUAGAGUGUAAAUAUCUACAUCAGAGUGUUGAUAAUACCCAGAAAAUGUUGGCCCAUUUCCAAUGUGGCUUUUCAUGUACACAGUAGAAAUACAGAGGUGAUAAUGAAGGCAAGUUUAGAAGACCUGUACUGGAAACAGUGACCCCAAAUUCGGAUUCAAAUCUCAGUUUUGGCAUAAUGGGAUGGUGAUGUUUUUAAA